CCCACAGACCGCGAGACAUGUGGCUGAGACUUUCUGAAUGCUACGCUCCGUUUUUAGCCAAAACAAUCACCGAAUAGUGCUAUUCGUCAGCAUUUCAUUGUAGGUGCUUGGAAAACCAGUUUACCAGGUGCACGUCAGCUUCAGCAACACUUAAAGUGAUCAGGUGAGCCCGGGGCAGACAUGACUGGAGCUGGAAGUGGAGGCCAGGGCCCGCCUGAUGGGGGGGACGCUGAGGAGGCGGAGAGGUGUCCUAUCUGCCUCUGCGUCCUGGCUGGAGGCGAGCUCGCCGUGCCCGACAGCUGCUGCCACGUCUUCUGCCUCAGAUGUCUCCUCACAUGGGCAGAGUUGCAGAUGUCUCCGUCCUGCCCGGUGGACAGAAGACCUUUCACUAAUGUUUACAGAUGGGAUGGGAAUCUCAGCUGUGUGCAGGUGCGUCUGCCUUUUCUCCGUCAUAGUUAUAAUGCAUCUGUGGUUCAGAAGAGGCCAGUGGCUGCUGUUGUUUUCCUAAUCUAA